UCUCCAUCACAUUCUCGAGUCAUUGUGGCUCCCGGAGUCAUGGCCGAGACGCCGUCUGCCAUCUUCUCUGCUGUUGUUGUCACCAUCUUAGCGGUUCUCGGCGGCUGCUCUUCUCCUUCGGAGGCGGCACGUGCCUUCUUCGUCUUCGGCGAUUCUCUGGUGGACAACGGGAACAACAACUAUUUGGCCACCACCGCUCGGGCUGACGCACCUCCUUACGGCAUCGAUACUCCCAGUCACCGGCCCUCCGGGAGAUUCUCCAAUGGUCGCAAUAUACCUGACAUUAUGAGUGAACAGCUCGGAGCGGAGACCACAUUGCCUUACCUCAGUCCCGAGCUCCGAGGGGAAAAGCUGCUUGUCGGAGCCAACUUUGCGUCGGCAGGGAUUGGAAUUCUAAACGACACGGGAAUCCAAUUUGUGAACAUCAUCAGGAUCAACAGGCAGCUGCAAUACUUUGAGGAGUACCAGAAGAAACUAAGCGAUCUGAUAGGAGCAUCUCAGGCAGAGAUGCGUGUCAACCAAGCCCUAGUUCUGAUCACCCUCGGCGGCAAUGACUUCGUCAACAACUACUACUUGAUCCCUUAUUCUUUCAGAUCUCGCCAGUUCGCGCUGCCUGACUACGUGCGCUACCUGAUAUCCGAGUACUACAAGAUUCUCCAGAGGUUAUAUGACCUCGGAGCCCGUCGAGUUAUCGUCACCGGGACCGGGCCGCUCGGCUGCGUCCCGGCUGAGCUUGCCCUGAGAGGUCGGAACGGCCAGUGUGAUUCUGAGCUCCAAAGAGCUGCAGGCCUGUUCAACCCGCAGUUGGUCCAGAUCUUAAACAGGCUCAACAGUAAGAUUGGUUCGGAUGUCUUCGUCUCAGCCAACGCCUUCGGGAUGCACAUGAACUAUGUGGCAAAUCCACAAGCAUUCGGUUUUACGACGUCGAAGAUUGCAUGCUGCGGACAAGGACCUUACAAUGGCAUCGGGCUAUGCAAUGCAGCAUCGAACCUUUGUCCGGAUCGAGAUAAGUAUGCCUUCUGGGAUCCGUACCAUCCCACGGAGAGAGCCUGCAGGAUCGUGGUGAGCCAUAUGAUGACUGGCAGCACCGAGUUCAUGAACCCCAUGAACUUGAGCACCAUCUUAUCCGUGGAUGCAGCAGUUUAGGCCACAAUAAUUUGCAGUAAAAUGUGUCGUCGAUCGGCUUGGGAGCUAUAUAUGCUGUUUAUGUGUGUGUUUCAUGGACCGGUGGACGUGAAGGAAUCCAUGCAUCGAAGCCAUGGAUUUCUGAAACGUCCGACAUGCUUGUUUGUAGCAGAAUAAUCAUAAAUAUCGAAUUGGCAACUCUUGGUUU